GUUACCUGCCUUGUUACUCUACUGUGCACCCAGUCUCGGGAUGGUUGGAUUUGCGUGAGUGGGGCUCGGUCAGGCUCAGUGCGGUGAACGAGCUCAAACAGCGGCUGUGCGGAAGUUCUGUCAUCGGUGCUGCAGAAGGGGCUUCGCCCUCGCGAUUAUUCUCGUCACAACUUUAUGCUUGGAUAAAAGCGGUUCAGGUGGAACUUCUGGACAGUACAACCCAACUUGAGUUUUACUACAGCCACAGUCGGCCACCUUUGUUUUCGUUUGAUGGCGAGGCCGAGCCACAGCGAGCAUGUCCUGCAGCAGUUCAACAACCAGCGGGAGUGGGGCUUCCUGUGUGACUGCUGCAUUGCCAUCGGCGACAUCUACUUCCGGGCCCACAAGGCCAUGCUGGCUGCCUGCAGCUCCUACUUCCGCAUGAUGUUCAUCCGAGACCAACAGGGGACGGCGCGCAUGGACCUCAGCAACAUGCAGAUUAGCGCAGAGUGCUUCGACCUAGUCCUGCAGCUCAUGUACUUGGGCCGCAUCGUGGUGGGCAGCUACGAGUUCGAGGAGCUCAAGGCCUCAAUGGCCUUCCUGCAGAUGUACUACAUUCCUGACUCCCUGGAGGACCUCGGGGACAUCAGAAGCGCCUCAAACCUCACACCGUCCUCCUCUACCUCUUCCUCGUCCAGCUCCUCUUCCUCCGCUGGCCCGGCAAUUAUCGGCAAAAUGAUGUUUGGAGUCCGCAUGUAUGAGCAGCAGAAGCCAGGUGCCCCAGAGUGCAAGCCCAAAGUUGCAAUUACUGCUGUGCAACCAAACAUUCCUGUCCCAGUCAACAGGCCUCCACUCAUGGUGGAGGAAGUGGCACCCCCUUUGGUAGUAGUAGCAUCACCGUUGCUAGACAGUGUAGCUGAGCAACCUUGUGACCUGCGCAAGAGGCCCAGCGCCCGGAUCGCCACCUUAAAAGAGCGCCCCCGCUUCGGACGCACAUACACCUGCGACGACUGCGGCUUUGUUUUCAGCUGCGAGAAGCUGCUGAUUGAGCAUAUCCUCACCUGCACCAACCGUAAGGCCUUCAAGGUCCCCAGGACCAGCGCAGAGACAGACAAUGAUUCCAGCAAGGCGGAGAGCUCGGCCUCUGAGGAGAUGGAGGAGCACAGGGUGGUCUGCAAGGCUAGAGGAGAUUGGCCGGACCACAAGUCUGACUCCGACACGGCGAUCAGAUCUGUGGCAACUGGUACGGGAACCGAGCCUGGGUCUGCCAGAAAUAUCACCAUCAAGGUGGAGCCGGAAGAAAACGUGGUGUCCGAGAUGAUGGAUGGCAUUAAGGUGGUCCAGGUGGAAGAUAUCAGUGCGAGGCACAGCGCACUCAAUGACACUAUGAGGGACCCGAUUAAAUUUGACCAGGAGCCCAAGGCUGGUGUUUCCGUCAUGAACGACAGCAACAAGCCAUUUGAAGGGCACAUGUCCAGCAAUGAGGAUUCUGGCAUACCUGCUAAAAUGCACAAGAUUAAAGAGGAGAAGAAGGACGGUGAAAGUCUGCCAUGUGAGCUGUGUGGAGAACUUCUCACGGAGGAGUACCAGUCAGCCCACUACAUCUCCAGCCACAUGGGCCACAUCUGUGCCUGUGGGAGGUGUGGCCAGGUCCUAAUCAAGGGGUGGCAACUGCAGGAGCAUGCUGAGCGCUGUGGCGAACCUCAGAGUGCGGACACUGAUUCUCAUGGGGAGGAAGGCGACACGCCCCUGCCAGAGGACCUGCAGGCCAUGGACGAUGGGCUGCUGGAGGGGGGCGACCUGGCCUGCCCCCACUGUGGCCUGCUUUUCCAGAGUGAAAGCCUGGCCUUGGAACACGCUCUGACCUGCCACGAGCAAGAGCUGUUCCGCCCUGUCCUGCUGGAGGAUGACGGUGUCGAGCCUGACCACCGGCGCAAGCAUUUCUGUGCCAUCUGUGGUAAGGGCUUCUACCAGCGCUGCCACCUGCGGGAGCACUACACCGUCCACACCAAGGAGAAGCAGUUCAGCUGUCAGACGUGCGGCAAGCAAUUCCUGCGUGAGCGGCAGCUCCGGCUGCACACCGACAUGCACAAGGGCAUGGCGCGCUACGUCUGCCCCGUGUGCGACCAGGGAACCUUCCUCAAACACGACCAUGUGCGCCACAUGACCUCGCACCUGUCGGCCGAGGAGACUAUCUGCCAGGUGUGCUUUCAAAUCUUCCCCAGUGGAGAGCACCUGGAGAAGCACAUGGACGUGCACCUGUACAUGUGUAGCGUCUGUGGGGAGAAGUUUCGCCUUCGCAAGGACAUGCGGAGCCACUACAACUCCAAACACACCAAAAGACUGUGUCCUGCCUGAAUUAAUGUCUGUCUGUUACUUCAAAGUCAUAAACGUGAGAACAAAUGUAUGCACUUAAACACCAAAAAAUAGAACCUACUAAAUCUGCACUUUCAAAAAUGUAUGCAUAAUCAAAGUGUCUUAUUGCCUAAAAGUUUAGGCAUAUAUUUUUGAGUUUGAUGUCUGUGUGUUUAGUACAGAGGUGGAAAACAAAUAAUGUAAUUUCAUGACAUUUCCACAUACAGUAGACAAAUCCUUAGCACAUUUGCCACACACAGUAGAGUGGCGCAGCGGUCUAAGGAACUUCAUCUCAGUACUAGAGGCGUCACUACAGACUCCCUGAUUCGAGUACACGCUGUAUCACAACCAGCCGGGAGUGGGAGUCAGAUAGGGUGGCGCACAAUUGGCACAGUGUCGUCCGGGUUUGGCUGGUGUUCUAAACUGACUUGCCUAGUUAAAUUAAAAAUGUAACCAUUUAUAGACAAAUCCUUAGCAAAUUCGUUUUAAUGCUUUUGGAAUCUAGUGUCUUGCAAACAGCCUAUGCAAUACACAGUUAAUGAAGUGGAUUUAAAUUAAGCUUUUUAAAAUUAUUAUUGUAAUAUGAAUCCACACUUCAAUAUAGUCUUGUUGAGCAGUUACUGUACCAGCACAUUUUAAAUCAUGUCAAUACACAAAAACACUAGAAUUGCUCCACUGGUUGAAACCAGAACAAAUAGAAACGCAUACUGAAUAUUGGCAAUGGUUAUAACCUAAUUCCCUAUGAAAUUGUUCAUGCCACAAAGGCAAGAGCAUGCACUCGCUCUUUUGCAUAAUCAAUUAUUUAAUCUGUUGUUCAGAUUUCAUGGCAAUGUAGGGGUAUUGUAAAUGACCUAUACAAUUAGCACCAGAACUUCUGUAGCCAUCGAUUUGGCUUUACAGACAAAUCAAAAAUUGUAGUAUUUCCUUUUUGUAUACUGUACACAGCCUAAAAUCAUUAAGUCUGAAUCCACUCUUAGAGAUCACUUAGUACAUAAAAGUUCCUAUUUCAUUCAUGUUAAAUCAGAUCAGCCCUUUUGUUUGAUUGCAUUGCACAGCCAAUAUUAAGGUUUGUCCUACAUUGGUGUUGUAUUGCGGGGAACUACUUGAGCAAUAUGUCUCCUGCAUGUUAGAUAGUAUCACACACAUGUUGCUACUGUGAAAUGCCAAUCAUGUUGUUUGUUUCACUGCAGAGAGAACAUAAUCUCUGAAAACAUCUUGACACGACAUGCAUUAGUGUGGGAGCUAGUGAAGCCUCUUAAACCAUCACAAUGUAGCUUACAAAAUAACCAUGUAUGGAUGUUGUCUAUUAGUUACCUUAACAGGGUGACAUCCCUUCAGGGGCUAUAAAUAAUCAUUAUUAAUGAGCAAGCAAGCAAAUGUUUGUAUAAUCCACAACUUUUUCAAGAACCAUGCAUCUUCUGUGUAUAACUGUACCUUAUGAGCUAACAUGGUUCUGAGGAAUAAUUUUUCCCCCCUUAUAUUACAUAGCCUAACUAUUGGACGGAAAUGAGUUUGAGAACCCAAACUGGUGUGGUACAAAAGCAAAGGUCAUUUUGUAUUUUAACUUCAGGAAUUUGUUAUUGGAUUUUACAACCUUUAAAAUAAUACAUACAUACAAUCUGAUCACUCACCCCAAGUGAUGCUGAUUUCCCUUGGUAAAAGGUAGGCCUAGUACACUCCAAGGUUAAUUUUCUAGCUGUUUGUUACUUUUCACAGUAGUGUUAAAUGGCUCUUUAUGUAUCAUGUUUCAAAAGAUCAAGAGUGAUGAGACAUCUUUUAAGGAUCUGAAUUUAGUUUAUCACUGUGGCUGUUUUUUGGUGGUCAUUUCAUUGUUUAGUGUUUACUUUAAGGGUUGUGUUGGUAACAAGGUCACGCUCAGAAAUGUCAGUUUUGUUGGUUGACUGAUGUUUGGGUAUCUGAGAGGUCAAAACAUUAUCGCACCGGUUUGUAAAGCUGUUUAAAAAAUAUAUUAUUGACCCACGAUUAAUGUUUUCAUUUGGAUAUUGAUGCUUUUUCUCAAGGUCUGAAUAAACCAAGAGGAUACUCUCCGUGUGAAAAAACA